AUGGUGCUAUUCCUACUACCUCUGCUUUUCUUGAUCAUAUUACUGUUGUCUGUUCACACAUUAUUAUAUUUUGUUCUACCCAAGCGCCGAAAAUUCAGUCUAAAGGCGAAACAUGCUGUUGUCACAGGAGGAUCGAAAGGGAUUGGUAAAGAGCUUGCAUUUUAUCUCAUAGAAAAAGGUUGCAACGUCUCAAUUAUUGCAAGAAAUGAAGCAGACCUCAAAAGUGCUUGUCAGGAUCUCCAGGAUGCUGCAAAUAGUCGUGGUCAACAUCAGCAAGUUCGUUGGUAUUCGGUUGAUCUCAGCAAAAAAUAUGACGAGAUCGAAGCUGUAUUUGAUCGAAUAGAGCAUGAACUUGGACCAAUCAAUGUUCUUAUCAAUAACGUCGGCACUGUUCUACAGGGUGCUUUUGAUGAUCUUCCAAUGUCUGCAUGCGAAGAGCAAAUGGCUCUCAAUUUUUACAGUCAUGUGAGUUGUCGAUGUUUCACGCUUACUUCUCAUUUUAUAAUUCGCGCUGAAAAGUAG